AUGAAGGCGCUCCGCCAGGAGGCGGAGAAACGCCGCCGGUCCGCCAGCGAGCGCAGGGUCACCAAGGAGAGGGAGCGCAAGGCGAAGGAGGAGGCCGAGCGCACGGCGAAGGCGGCGAUGAUCAAGAAGGCUCAGGCCCUCAUGGGCGUGAAGGGCGGGGACGCCGACGGCAUGCUGGGCGAGAUGUCGCUGGGCGUCAUGGUCGACGUGCUCAUGGCCCUGCCGGACGCAGUGGAGAACCCCAUCUUCAACAAGCGCCUGGCGAGGUCGAAGGACCUCGUGGUGACGUCCGUCCAGGACUUCCUCAACAUCACGCGCCGCAAGACCGCGAAGUUUGUGCUGGCGGCCAGCAAGGCGUCCGACGUGGAGCUCUCGUUUCUCCUGGCGCGCUACUUCCACGAGGCCUCCUUCCGGGUCAAGGCGAUGCAGUCGGACUCGCAGAAGAUCGCGAGGGACCUCAACGUCGUGAUGCCCGUCAGGCUGCGGAAGAGCUUCCUGCCCAUCAUCAAGGGCCUGCGUGCAAACGCGGUCCCGCUGCGCGUGAAUGCCUCCAGCCUCGCGAGCGCGACCCUCACGAACGCCUGCCUCGAGAUCUCGAGCCUCAUGGGCAACAUCAGCGAGUACAACAACAAGCUGAACUCCCUGCACGGCAACCUACACAGCGUCUGGCAGCUCUCCGAGCUGAUGCUGCCAAAGGUGGGCAAGAUCUACCCCAUGAAGCCCGUCGUCAUCGACACCGUCAAGGACGUCAUGGCCAUGGCGACCAACGAGGUCGCCGGCCUCGCCGAGGCCGCGCCCUCGGCCUCAAGGGUCACG